UCUGGCAUUUUCUGGAGGAGUUUUGUUUUGUUUUCAGAAGUGCCGACUUUGGGAAUUCUUCAUCUUUUCGGGGUUCAAAUAGCAGGGAGUCGCCCGGCAGCAGGCACAGUCGACUACAGGGCACUCGCCUCGCCUGGACUCGCCCGGCCCGUCCGUGAAAAAGCGCCGAGCCGAAGUGGGAAGCAGGCGGCCGCGGCGGCGCAGACAGGAAGUGGGAACUGUUGGCCUGUGGGAUCCGGGAGCGGGCCGGACCGGACUGAGGCCUGCACCUGUACCCCGCCCGCCGCUCCUUCCGCCUCCGUUACAGUGGCCGCCGAGAGGCUGUACGGAGCGAGCGGGCUGCUGUAGCUUAGCCUAGCCUCCCUCCCCCGAGAGCCCCCGGCCGUAUGAAGACCCCCCGGCGAUGAAGGUGACUGUUUGUUUCGGGAGGACGGGGGUGGUGGUGCCCUGCCGGGAUGGCUGGACGGUCCGAGAGUUGACGGAGCAGGCGGCACAGAGGUACCGGAAGACCCUGGAGAAGGACGGCACGUCUUCUGUGAAGAUCCACCACAUGGAGUAUCUCGACGGCAGCAUACUGGACCCUGAUGAUGUGCUGUCGGACCUGGUAGAGGACAAGGACAAGCUCAUUGCCGUUUAUGAAGAGCAGCCGUCGCAGCGCCUCCUGGAGGGAGCUGGUGGUCAGUCGACAGGGAGGGCCAGCCCUGACCCCUUUGAAAACGAGCUGGCGACUCAGCUUGCGGCCUUCCAGCCAAUAGGAGGCGAGAUUGAGGUCAACUCGAGUGCCCUCAAAUCAAGCACACCCCUCCUGGUCCGGCGGAGCAGUGACCCAGCUCUCGGUUUGCCUGUCCACUUCCAAGCUGGCCAUUCGCUGCUGGACAAUGGAGGCCACCAGCCAAUCGUCACAGUGCUGAGCCCGGAGCCAGAGGCUGUGGUGCCAGAGGAUGUGCCCCCCGCUGCGACACUCAGGGAGCUGACCAGAAAGGUGGACUUUGCCGGAGAGGACGGCCCCCUGGGAAUUCAUGUGGUGCCUUAUUGUUCGUCUCUGAGCGGGAGGAUGCUGGGCCUCUUCAUCCGCGGCGUGGAGGAGAAGAGCCGCUCGAGGAGGGAAGGCCUAUUCCAGGAGAACGAGUGCAUCGUGAAAAUCAACGACAUCGAGCUGAAGGACAAACUGUUUACUCAGUCACAGGAGAUAUUUCGGCAGGCCAUGAGGGGUCCCGCCGUCCACCUCGAGGUGCUGCCGGUGCACAACCGUGAACGAUACGAGAAGACCGUCAUCGCCCAUCUGUUCAGGACAGAGCAGGAGGACCGUAAGCUCGCCGAGGACGGACCCCCGCAGCAGACUGGCACGGUCCUGCCGCCCUCCGGUGAGCCGACGCUGGUCAGGAAGAGCUCCACUUUGUCACCUCACCUCGGCUUUGGGAACAAAAAACUGGGCAAAAAGGUCCAGAUUGACCUGAAGAAAGGUCCGGAGGGGCUGGGCUUCACGGUGGUGACCAGAGACUCCUCGGUGCACGGGCCCGGCCCGAUCCUGGUGAAGAACAUCCUUCCACGGGGGGCAGCGGUCAAGGACGGCCGCCUGCAGUUUGGGGACCGGAUCCUGGAGGUGAAUGGGAAAGACAUCACAGGAAAGAGUCAAGAGGAGCUGGUGGCCAUGCUGAGGGGAACAAAGCAGGGAGAGACUGUGUCCCUGUUGGUGGCACGUCAAGAGGAUGGCUUCUUACCUCGUGAGCUGAAAGGUGAGCGCCCCCUGCAGGAGGGCAAGGAGCAGCUCCUCUUUGAGAUCCCACUCAACGACUCGGGCUCGGCCGGGCUGGGCGUCAGUCUCAAGGGGAACAAGUCCAGGGAGACGGGCGCGGACCUGGGCAUCUUCAUCAAGUCCAUCAUCCAUGGCGGUGCUGCCUACAAGGAUGGGCGCCUCCGAGCCAACGACCAGCUCAUCGCGGUCAACGGGGAGUCGCUGCUCGGAAAGUCCAACCACGAGGCCAUGGAGACCCUGCGCCGCUCGAUGUCCAUGGAGGGCAACAUUCGAGGGAUGAUCCAACUGGUGGUGCGCAGGAGUGUCGAGAAACCCACUGAGGACGCUGGUGGUUGGGCACAGAAGAAGGUGGGCGGUGGCUCCUUGCAGCCCCUCGGUGGCGAGCGCCUCCCCGUGAGCAGCCAAAUGGAGAACUUGGACCAAGUCGAGGAGGACAAUGACGAGGCUCCACCUCUCCCCCCCCACCCAAGUGACAUGGCAGUAGUCCGGCCCCUGGUGAGCACAAGCCAUGGGAUGGACGCCGAGGACUUCCACUCCGAACCAGCAGCCAGCCACCUGGGUGAGACAGGGAAGCUGAAGACCUCCAAAAGCAUGGACCUGGUGGCCGAUGAGAGCAACGUUGGAUCCCUCGUUGAACAAGUGCCAGCCGCCUUGCAUGCCGAUGACGUGGGCCCCACUUUGGGCCUGAAGAAGUCCAGCUCGCUGGAGAGCCUGCAGACCGCGGUGGCCGAGGUGCGCAAGAACGAGCUGCCCUUCCACAGGCCGCGCCCUCACAUGGUACGAGGACGAGGGUGCAACGAGAGCUUCCGGGCGGCCAUUGACAAAUCGUAUGACGGCCCGCCAGACCUGGCAGAAGAUGGCUUUUCCGACGAGAGCUCGGGCCGGGAGACCCCCGCCAGUGGAUCCUCGCGGCAGGGAGUUGGCGAAGCGGAGGAAGGCAGGAAGGAGGAGAAGAAGAAGAAGAGCAAAGAGAAAAAGAAGGAAAAGGCGAAAGGCAAAGAGAAGGAGAAGAAGCGGCCUGACGAGGGCGAGGAGCAGGACAAGAAGGCCAGGAAGAAGGGCUUUGGAGCCAUGCUGAGGUUCGGCAGAAGGAGGGAGGAGAAGGCCAAGAUGGAGCCGAAGGUGGCGGUGCUCUCGAAGGCCAAGUCCGACAUGCUGAGCGAGGAGGAGCUGGAGAAGAUGAAGGAGGAGAGAGAGAGGAUCGAGGCCAAGCACCAGGAGCUGAGGGAGAGGCAGGCGAGGGAGAAGACCCCCGGACACGGCGCCCAGCUGCUGCCCGACAUGGAGGACGACGAAGCUGAUCCCAGCUACGCCCGCAUCAACAACUUCAGAGACCGCCCUGGCACUUACAGGGAGCCGUCCCCUCACCUGGCACCUGUGCCCGUCACCUACGCCACGCCCGCUGAGGGCGAUUUUGCAGACAGCUUGUACGCCAAGGUUAACCGGGCCAGAAGCCCACCGUCCCCGCACGCGGACAGCAGCAAUGACCGGAUCCAGCAGCUCAGGAUGGAGUACCAUCAAGCCCGGAGGGAGGGCACCAUGCCCAGCUACGAGGAGCUGGAGGUCCGUCGGAGGGGUCCGGACUACGAGCAGCACCGGGUGGCAGGCAGAGGCCACGAUGGCCAUUUAGCAGUGCCCCCCUAUGAAGAAAGACAGUAUGCAUCCUUGCCCAGGCGCGGGGUCCUGGACCCCAACGAGUUCCCCAAGUACCAGCGGGCUGCAUAUGGCGAGCGUGAUGUGCCCCCCUUCCCGGGUGCUCAGCAGGUGUUCCCCGUCUACCCAGGGAGGGGCAGCCACCUGAUGGCUUCUGAUCGCCGGGCGCUGGCCCCCCAGCAAAGGGACAUGGGCCACUAUGCCACGGCUCCCUCCAGGGGGCCCUUCCGGCAGGAUGUACCCCCAUCUCCCCCACUGCCACAGAGGACCCCUCAGUAUGACAGCCUGGGCAGGGCGCCCUACCUGGGGCCUGCCAAGGAGGUGUACAGCUAUGGAGACCCCCGCAGCCAGGACCCCCGGCAGAAGAACUCCAUGACUGCAGCGGUGUAGUUGGGGGGGGGCCAGAAACUGGAAGCGGGCGCCAGUAAGAAGAGGUGUGCUGGGCCCACGUGGUGAGGUGACUCGGAUGGUACGAAGCGGGCAGAGCUGAAGGAACAAAGCGUCGCCUUUUCUGUGGCGCCACCCUGCCUUCCUUUUUAUUCUUCUUCCGUUUUCUUAAUUGUAUUUUUUAUCCCGUUUUGCAUUAAAUCCUUGGAGACUC